GACUACUUUACCCAGCAUGCCCCGCUUCACAUGCACUGAAGUUGUGCAAUAGCACUUGUUCGCGAUCUGCCCAACAAAACCACCUGUUUUUAAACCCCGGCGUUUUGCAACGAUAGAAAAGAACUUCAAGGAGUUUCUUUACAAGACAUUUGACGCCAAACGAAGUCACCAUGCCCGUACAGUCCAGGGAAACGAACGGCACCCUUCCCCACGUGACCCAGAACGGCUGUCCCUUUACGGGGUCUACCAGCACAGCUCCGCGGAGAGCACAACGUCUGACCUACCACCUGAAGGAUACUCACCUGACCGAUACCUUACACCUAAAGGCGACCAAUGUCAGUCCGUGCAGUUCAGGAAAGUGCAUGGGCUCAGUCGUCCGCCAGAGGGAGCCCUUUCCACCGGAUUACAAGAGGCCGAAGGAAGAGGUGCUGGAACAGGCGAAGGAAUUCAUCGACGACUAUUAUGCUUCGAUGAAAAAGGAGAACAGUGAGGACCAUGAGAGACGAUGGCGUGACAUUCAGACCCAGGUGGCAGAGACAGGUCUGUACGACCUGGAGUACGACGAGCUGCUGUACGGCGCCAAGAUGGCGUGGAGAAACGCGCCCAGGUGUAUCGGACGGUACCAGUGGAACAACUUACAGGUAAUCGACCAUCGCAAUGUCAAGACGGCAAAAGAGAUGUUCGAUGCCGUCUGUGAUCACGUGAGGUACGCAACCAAGGACGGACAGAUGAAGACCGCCAUCAGUAUUUUCCCCAUGCGCACCGAUGGAAAGCACGACUACAAGUUCUGGAACAAGUACCUGUUUCAGUACGCUGCGUACCAACAGCCGGACGGGUCAGUCAUAGGAGAUCCCGCCAACUUGGAACUUACCGAGGUGUGCCAAAGCCUAGGGUGGAAGGGAAAAGGAACUCCAUACGAUUUCCUACCUGCCAUUGUCUCUGCAAAUGGAGAGGAUCCGGUGAUCUUUGACUGGCCAGAAGACGUACCGCUGGAGGUGGAACUGCGACAUCCAAAGUACGACUGGUUCGAAGAGCUGGCUAUCAAGGCUAACUGCAUCCCGAUGCAAGGAGACAUGCUAUUCGACGUUGGCGGGAUGCAGUUCCCGGCUUGUCCAAUCACAGGCUGGUUUCAAAGUACGGAACCUGUGCGCGAUCUGUUGGACGAAAACAGAUACAACAUGACAGAGGUUAUCGCUAAGAAGCUGGGGUAUGACACCUCCCGGUACAACUCGUUGUGGAAAGACGCUGCCUUCCUGGAAUGUCAUAUCGCCGUUCUACACUCUUUCCAGAUGAAGGGAGUGAUGACCCAGGACCCGUACACCCUGACGGAGAGCUUCAUGAAGCACAUGGAGCGGGAACACCGUGUGCGCGGCGGCUGCCCGUCCGACUGGGUCUGGAUCGUUCCUCCCUCCUGCUCGUCUCUCACUCCAGUCUUUCACCAGGAGAUGCUCAACUAUCACCUCAGGCCUGCUCUGGAAUACCAGGAUGCUGGAUGGAAGAUACACACAUGGAAGACUCCCCCGACCGCCCCAGUCUUUACACAGUACAUCCGGACGAAGAAACGGUGCAGUUUCAAGGCGGCAGCGAUGGCCGUGAUGUUUGCUGCGGGAUUGAUGAGAAAGACUCUGAACAAGAGAGUGAAGUCCACAAUCCUGUUCGCCUCUCAGACAGGAAAGGCAGAGACAUUCUCUCACUCACUGUGUGAUCUCUAUAAGCACGCAUUCGACGCAAAGGUGGUCUGUAUGGAUGAGUAUGACGUCACACAACUUGGCAAGGAACAGCUGGUCGUCAUAGUAACAAGUACCUUCGGCAAUGGGGAUCCUCCGGACAACGGCGAGACCUUCGCACGUGCUCUUAUGCAAAUGAAGAACCAGAAUGGUCAAACAGGUCCAGGAGACAGCCCACUGAGCGCUGUCAGGUUUGCAGUGUUCGCGCUUGGUUCCCGGGCCUACCCGCACUUCUGUGGGUUCGGCCAUAGUCUGGACACGCUGCUAGAACAUCUUGGGGCUCAGCGGGUCCACCCCGUGGGGGAGGGGGACGAGCUGUGCGGCCAGGAGGAGUCGUUCCGCGCAUGGGCAGAGAGUGCCUUCAAGUCUGCAUGUUUGAGUUACGACGUUGGACACGGUGUUGACAUGAGCGAAGCGACUGCCAAUCUGCUGGGCAGCGACCUAAGCUGGGCACCGGACAAGUUCCGACUGGUACAGGCAAAGAGUAACAGGGACACGGACCUAUUGGAAGGUUUGUCCACUGUGCACCGCAAGAGUGUUGUAUCCUGUUCUUUCAUAUCACGGACCCAACUACAGGCACCUGAUUCAAGCCGACAAACUAUCUUGGUUCAGCUGGACACGAAGGGUAACGAAGAGUUGCAGUUCACUCCCGGCGAUCACCUCGGCGUCUUCCCGGCCAAUGAGGACCGCCUGGUGCGGGAAAUCUUAGAUAGAAUCGAAGGUGGAACCAACCCUGAUGACGUACUGGAGAUAGAAGCACUGCACAAGAAGCUGACAGCAGCUGUGGUGACGAAGACGUGGAUGCCUUUCGAACGCUUGCCGCCAUGUUCUUUGCGCACGGCACUCUCCCGUUACCUUGACGUCACCACCCCGCCCUCCCCCCAACUGCUGGGGAGUCUGGCCUUGCACACGGGCGAACCGGGGGAGAGGGCGGAACUGGAGGAACUCGCCAAGGUAUCAUAAAUCAUAAUCCUAAUGAUCCAAGGGGGCCAUAUGAAUCAUCAUCAACUGGAGUUCGAGCGCGCCCCUACCCUAGCGGAGGUACUGCAGGACUACCCGUCCCUGCAGGUUCCUGCAGCCCUGCUGCUGAGUCAGCUGCCAGUCCUGCAGCAGCGGUACUACUCCAUCAGCUCCUCCCCACACAUGUACCCGGGAGAAAUCCACGCAACACUGGCUGUAGUCAGCUACCGUUCACAGGGAGGAACGGGUCCGGUACACAACGGCGUUUGCUCUUCGUGGUUCAACCGGCUUGAGGAGGGUGAAACGGUGCCCUGUUUCGUGAGAGCGGCGAAGAAUUUCCACCUACCUGACGACCCCUCCAUGCCUGUGCUGAUGGUAGGUCCCGGAACUGGUAUCGCACCACUGCGCAGCUUCUGGCAGCAGCGCCAGAUGGAAAUCAAAUCAGGACGUAACCAUGGUGACAUGACGCUGGUGUUCGGAUGCCGACAGUCCCAGAUAGACCACAUUUAUAAGGACGAGACGGCUCAUGCCAAGUCAGACGGAGCACUGACGGACAUUUAUACAGCAUAUUCCAGGGAACCUGGCACACCAAAGACCUACGUUCAGCACGUCCUGUACAACCAGCUCUCCGAGAGAGUCAAAUAUCUACUGGAAAACAACGGACACAUCUACGUGUGCGGUGACGUAGCCAUGGCUGAUGACGUCUGUACCACCGUGCAGAAAAUACUGGAAGAGAAAUCUGCGAUGACAUCGGCGGAGAGCGAAGCCUUCAUCAGAAAUCUGAAGGACUGCAAUCGUUAUCAUGAGGACAUUUUUGGAGUGACUCUAAACACGAGGGAGGUUCGGGAGGCAGCUCGCAGUGUUGAGACAGCGGACAGCAUAUCAAAUGGACACAGCAUCGAGAAUGGACAGUGAAGUGGCGAACAGUUAUCUAUGAACUAGAUAUCCAUAAUACAAUAGGAAUCCUUAGUUUGGUGGUAGAGAAUGCCUCGUUCAGUAGGACUUGACGAUUUGGUACAGGGUAACCAUAUCUUUACUAACUGUCGUCCAUGGGCGUCGCCGUUGCGUUUUGACGUCACACAGGCAACAGUGUUACGUUUGUAUCAAAAAGAUAGCAGCUCGGAUAUAUUAAUGAGUAAUAAUAUUGCAAAAAAUGCGUUUCAAAAUAUCGUAUAAGGUUGGUGGUUCAGCAAUACUUGGUUGAACAUUCUUUGAAUAAUUAUAGCAAUCAACUAUAUACCUAAUAGUAAUUACUCCAGCAACUGGAUAUGAUUUUGGGUAUAGUCAGGCGUUUUAGAUAACACCCGUUAUUUUUCGUCAGUGUCUUUCUUACUACCUGGAUGUCUAACCUUCAUCGACGUAAUUAGCUAUAUGGCUAAUUGAAGACAUGAUUUGCUUCUGCUAUUUUAAAGAGACAGUUUAUAUAUUAACAUUAAAGUUAGAAUUUGGGUAUUUCUUAUCAAUAUAUAUUGUACACUUUUGGUUAUCGUUUUGUUAUCAUUUUUGAUGGUUUAUGGAUGGUUUUCCUUGAUGCUAAUAAAAUGUUUUGUAACUUUGCAUUUUUGUGCGUUAGUGUCAGCCUUAUCAGGCUAUAAUGUCGAAACAAUAGCGCAAUAAUACGUGCAAAAUAUACAUUUCCAAAUAUACGUGGAUGUACCAA